CAGAUUGUGCAGCAAAGCAUUUUAGAAGACAGACAGGCCUUCUUCCAUUUGGCCCUCAUCAUUAUUCAACAAGUGUAAUUUUAGCAUGAAUGUCCUACAAUUUCACCCAUCUAGAAUAAUUUUAUUGUUAUGUGCAUUGGUUGGUGUUAUUACCAUUCUUUAUUUUCUUUCAUCUUUUCAUGCCCAGAGUUUGCAGGAUGACCCUGGCCUGUUCGACCCGGACGCCUCCACGGCGCCCGUGCUCCGGCCCGGCGUGCUCGGUAACUUUGAGCCGGCGCUGUCCGAGCCGGUCUCGGGACCGGGCGAGGGUGGGGAGGCCUACUCCCUGCCACCGGGCUCCAGCGGCGGACCCAGAUCGGAGUCGGAGUACGGCAUGAACAUGGCAGUGUCGAACGCCAUAUCACCGAACCGGACCGUCCGUGACACCCGGCACCCGGAGUGCCGGUUCUGGCACUACCCGCUGGGCCUGCCGGACGCCUCGGUGGUGAUCGUGUUCCACAACGAGGGCCUCUCGGUGCUGAUGCGUACCGUGCACAGCGUCAUCAACCGCAGCCCCCGCCAGCUGCUCCGGGAGGUGCUGCUCGUAGACGACUUCAGUGAUAAAGCCGACCUGCGGGAGCCCCUGGAGCGGUACAUAGCGGCCCAUUUCGCCGGCCGGGUCCGCCUCCACCGUAACACAGAGCGGGAGGGACUGAUCCGCACCCGUAACCGUGGCGCGCGCCUGGCUGCUGGUGCCGUGGUGGUGUUCCUGGACGCCCACUGCGAGGUCAACACCAACUGGCUGCCGCCGCUGCUGGCGCCCAUACUGGGGGACAGACAUACGAUGACGGUUCCGAUCAUAGACGGUAUCGACCACGGCACGUUCCGUUACCGCUCCGUGUACCCGGGCACCUCUGUGCUGCGUGGCAUCUUCGAGUGGGGUAUGCUGUACAAGGAGGCGCCGGUGCCGGUCAAAGAGGCGGUGCGACACGAACACAUUUCUGAGCCGUACAGGUCUCCGACCCAUGCCGGUGGUCUGUUUGCCAUCGAGCGCUCCUACUUUUUGGAGCUGGGAGGGUACGAUCCCGGCCUGCUGGCCUGGGGAGCCGAGAACUUCGAGCUCUCAUUCAAGAUAUGGCAGUGCGGCGGCUCUAUUCUCUGGGUGCCCUGCUCGCGGGUCGGCCACGUCUAUCGCGGUCACAUGCCCUACUCGUUCGGCGCGCUCACCGAUAAGGUCAAGGGACCGCUCAUCCUCACUAAUUACAAGCGCGUCAUCGAAACAUGGUUCGACGAGCGUCACAAGGCGUUCUUCUACACCCGGGAGCCCCUGGCGCAGUACCUGGACGUGGGUGAUCUGAGCGCACAGCUCGAGUUCCGACACAGUCGCGAGUGCCGCGGCUUCCAGUGGUACAUGGAUAAGGUGGCCUACGACCUGCUGAAACGGUUCCCCGAGCUGCCGCCCAACGCACACUGGGGAGAGCUGGUGAGCGGCUCGACGGGUCACUGCGUGGACACCAUGGGUCGGGCGGUGAACAGCGCCGUCGGCCUGUCCCCGUGUCACGGCCAGGGCCGCUCUCAGCUGCUGAGACUGAACCUGGCAGGCCAGCUGGGAGCCGGUGAGCGGUGCCUGGAGGCCGUGGAGGGGGAGGUCCAUCUGACUGUGUGUCGACUGGGCACCGUGGACGGACCCUGGCAGUAUGUCGAGGAUAAAAAGGCGAUGUGGCACCGCCCACUGAACAAGUGCCUCUCGGCAGAAAACAGACGGCUAGUGCUGGCAGACUGUGGGAUGGACGAACGCAGCCUCAAAUGGACCUGGAGGACGGUCAAACCGCGAUGGGCCAACAGCUAAGCUGGGUACAGCCGGGCUGAUGUAUGGCUGAGCCGAAUUGAGGAAAGUAGGCAACUAAAGUACGUGCGCACAAAUGGGGCAAGGUAUAUCAGACAGAUAACUGAGAAAAGGGCUGAGUUACUUACUGCUGAGCUUGGAAGACACCUCAGCAGAGCUGGGUGGCCGGCCUGAUCUGAGCUUAGUUCAGGUGAAUGUUGAGACGGGUGGCACUGGGUACGAAGUACGGUCAAUCAUGGGGUAUGGGGAAUCGUGACGGUGGGCUGGGAGGGAUGCGUUUGCAGUGGGCAUCACACGAGGUUCAGGGUUAUGAACAGGGCUUGUGGGGUGUGGUGGUAGAUAGGUAGGGUGAAUAUGCCGUCAUGUUUUCAUCCAAGAUUGGUUUGUAAAUGUUCAGGGACCAGGCCAGUGGUCUAGAGGCUGAGUAUUGAGACGUGUGUUUUACCUCCGGUUCUUUUUGUUUAAUUCCAAAAGUCGGUCUUCUUAACCAUUUUAAUUUUAGCAUGCCAGGGUCCGUGGUUUUGCUGGCUGAAUUAGCUCACAAAGUUCUGACAUGGUAAAUUUGCAUAACUCUAGCAAUACAUUUGCUAUCAAACCAAUCAGCAAGCGUACAAUAGUCGAGGAAAACGCUAGACUCAAAAUUUGACGACUUGGCGGUUAUGCUGUUUUGCGUGAUAAAAAUGAGCUUUCGUGGCAUGUACCGCGUAAUUCAACAAUCUGUUUAACAGGUUAUUUAUACGUAGCUGAUGUGAUAAGGGACAAAUUUGAUAGUCGUUGUAAGUUGCAUUGUCUAACAGCUGUUCUCCACAUGCUAUUUUCCUUAAAAGACACCGGGCGAUGUUUGAAAAUGUUGAAUCGCUUCAAAAUUGGUCACGUCAGUUUACAUCAUCUGAUUUGAAGACUUAUAACCUUACCUGACUGAGUUUCGCACCGAUAAUGCUGGAAGAGACACUCUACUAUGCCAAUGUUUCGGGGAGCAAAUUUCUGACCAUAUAGCACAAAGACUUGGGCGAAGCACCGAGUUCUGAUGCUACUGCUGAGACUUAGAGUGUUAAUUUUGCACUGAACUGAGAUUCGAGUCACAAAGCUUUGGUGAUGGAGUGUCCGUCGCUUUUAUUGGUUUCAUCGGGCGUUGUAGGGUCAUGUCCUGUGCGUUCAGAAUACCUACCUGAAUAGUAUUCGAGCCAAGACAUUUGGACCAUUGCUUGCCAUCUGCGAGAUGGGCUGAUACACGGUGCCAGUAUCAUAUGUCAGUGAUAGCGCUAUAUGUAUAGUAGUGCCAGUAGUGCCUGUAGUCACUCGUGUCCAUCGUUGAUAGUGCCUAUAGCUGUCAGUGUUUGGUGUGCGCUACUAUGUGCAGUCACGCUGUUAGUAGUUCGACCACACUAUGCAGUGGUAUAUAUAAUGUCGAGAGGCCUGGCUUCAGUGAGCUCCACAUAGCGCAAUCGCGGCGGCCCGGGCGGGGAAGGAGUUACAGGGUUGUUUUGUACUGUGCAGAUGGGCCACUGGGGUCCAGGCUUUCCGUUGUUGUGAGUUUGUAGUGGUCGUUGAGCACCGCAGUCACAAGCCAUAAGCACUGGGCUGUGUACUAUCGUCUGGUUUGUAAUUGGGCUUGUGUUGCGCAUAUCCUGUGCAGGGCUCUUUGGGAAAAUGUCUGAGAUUGGUAACGUGGUCUAGUCGCUGAGAUGACUUGUGUUUGUUUUGGUUUAGCUAUUUUUUUGGUUGGUGCUGGUCAUCUUUUUGCUGGUGUUUGGUUAGAUAAGCAGCUGGGUUUUGUUACAUAGCUCGAUAUCUGCCUAUAAUAGUAGCCAGAAUGUGCUGCUCUAGGCGUAUUCGAUGCAUCGAUACUGCUGUGAUCUGGGGCAUUUUUGGGCACAAACUGGGGUUGGGUCGCUUGGGGGAACAGAUGUGGGACUAGGAAGACACAUUCCAUUUAAACCGACGCACAGCAGUUUGCUUUUUUGCGUUUGUUCUCAUUUCUUGGACCAUCUAUCCGUCAGAUAUACUUAAAUCCCGUUUUGUCGUUAAAUUAGUCAAGUGAGAUACAUCAUCAGUGCCUUGAGUAAAUUAGUGUCCUUUUUGGCAACGAUUACUAGUCAAUGGUGUGAUAGUGGGUUUUGUUUUAGCAGUCUUUGGCAAGUGCUCUAGUAUUGCGGAGGUAUGUGGACCUUACGUCGGAUAUUUAAUGCGGGUCGAGUCGUUGCAAUUCGCUGGUGCGGGCUGGUUUGGCCAUUCUAGUGCCGCUCGUCAUAUGUUGUCGGAUAUUCCUGCCGUCUUGUUUAGCUCAUUGCCUGAAUUUUAAAUCGCUGAUAGAUGGAGCCAUUCCCGUGGACCGUGGUGUGGAUUUCCACGGAUGUUGUUCAUGUGUAAUUUGUCACUGCUGGUCACUCACGCUCGGGCUUGCAUGUUGUGUUGUUUUCACGGGGUUUUGUUCGGUGAAUUACGGACAUGUGAUAUGUUGUGAUGCUGGUUCAGUCCAUACGUGCAUAAUACAUUCACUGGGGUUUGGA